CCGUCCUGUCUGCUCGGUUCAGUCCUGGCUGCAGCCUCUCGGUUUCUGGAUGAGGGAGAGAUGGAGGCAGCACCGACCUCAGGGAGCUGGGAGCCCGCGGAUGCCGUGCAGAGCCUGUAGAAGGAGACAGCUGGCAUCGACAAAGAAACACUACAGGCUCAAAUGAGUUUUGAUUUUGACAUAUCAAAAAUGUCUAGCAGUUCUGGAAGCUUACGAGACCAAACAACCUGAGUCUUUUUUUAAACUUGUUGAACUUCUUUAAACAGAUGACUCAGAAGUAAGGACAAAAAGUGAAGGGCAAAUUAUGACAUCAACAUCUAAAGGCAUCUUCCGACCAUUUUUAGUUGUCUGCAUUGUGUUGAUUUGCUUCACAGUAUGUUUACUGAUAUAUGUCAAACCAAACAACAACUGGAUCUCCAGUCCCAUAGAAUCGGCUAAUUCUGUGCUCAAAAUGAAGAAUUUUUUCUCCUCUAAAAAGGAUUAUUAUAAUGAUACUAUCAUUCUUAUUUGGGUGUGGCCCUUUGGGCAAACAUUCGAAUUGCAGUCCUGCGAGCAGCUUUUUAAUAUACAUGGGUGCCAUUUGACUACUGAUCGUGCUCUCUACAACAAAUCCAAUGCAGUGCUCAUACAUCACAGAGAUAUCAGCUGGGAUCUCACCAAUCUACCAGUCCAAACCAGACCACCCUUCCAGAAAUGGAUUUGGAUGAAUCUCGAAUCUCCAACUCACACUCCCCAAAAAAGUGGCAUUGAGCAUUUAUUUAACCUCACAUUGACCUAUAGACGUGACUCAGACAUUCAAGUGCCUUAUGGCUUUAUGGUCGUAAGCACAAAACCCUUUGAAUUUGAAGUGCCAAGCAAAGAUAAGUUUGUCUGUUGGGUUGUCAGUAACUGGAACCCUGAUCACGUCAGAGUAAAGUACUACAAUGAACUCACUAAAUACAUUGAAAUUCUAACCUAUGGCCAGGCAUUUGGUGAAUACUUGAAUGAUAAAAGCUUGAUUCCAACUAUCUCCACGUGUAAAUUUUAUUUGUCCUUUGAGAAUUCUAUCCAUAAAGAUUAUAUAACCGAGAAACUUUACAAUGCACUACUGGCUGGAUCUGUGCCCAUUGUGCUGGGACCUCCGAGGGAAAACUAUGAGAACUACAUACCAGCAGAUUCUUUUAUUCAUGUUGAAGAUUUUCUCUCUCCAAAAGAGUUGGCAGAUUAUCUGUUAAUGCUGAACAAAGAUACUGAGCGGUACCUGGCAUACUUUAACUGGAGGAAAUACUACACCGUGAACUUGUCCCAUUUCUGGGAAUCUCAUGCUUGCCUAGCAUGUGACCAUGUUAAAAGACAUCAGGAGUACAAAUCUGUCAGUAAUUUGGAGAAGUGGUUUUGGAACUAAGCCUCCCCUUUCAUGUUUGAGCACUUUCUGGGAAGACAUUACAGCAGUUACUUGCAUCAAGAUGAGAAUUUAGUGCUUUGUCUCACCGUUUACUGCUCUGUUGAAUGCAUAAUUUAACAUAAACUUUGUCAGACAUGAAAACAUCUUUCCCGCAUCGGAAUCAUCAUUCACUCACACUCUACAUGUAGCAGCCGUUUCUGUGCAUUAACCAUUUUUUUUACACAGCUCCUUUUUAAAGAAUCUCCAUAUUGCUGGAUGUAGCAGAUUGGGAUCCCCAUCGUUUCCAUGUGAUUGUCAAAACAUCAAGCUAGAGGUUACAUCGGCAGAUAUCAUAUACAGUGAUAUUUUAUAAUUGUAUUUGUCUAUUCAUGAGAUGGAAGAUCGAAAAUAUGUAAGGGGGAGAAAGCAGAAACAUGUAACUGUACUCUUUCUUGACAGGUUUUUUUUUUUUUUUCCAUUUCGUUGAAAUGCAGUUUUCACAUCCGAUAAGUCAUGUUAACUUAGCAUCAGCUGAGCCUGCAAGUAACACUUUUAAGCCAUUUCUCACCCUAGAAACAAUCUCACAAUGUGGCUCUGUGUUUAGAAGUCUCACUUUUACGAUCAUAUUGAUCAGACGUGACCCUAUGUAUGUUGUAGACUCACGCUACUUUCAAUAUUUUUUUUAAAUGAAGAAUGAUCUUUAUUUUCCUACAGGUAACUAAGAACAUCAUCAUCCUUAUAUGUUGUAAUUGUGAGAAAAAGAAGCAUCUUCUUUGGCUACUUAAGGUGUUUACUAACUGUGGCCACUAACUGGUCAUAAUGGCUCUAACGAAGACAGUGCUUACUCUGGAUGCCUAGUAGGAUUUAAGAAAUACAUUGCCUUUAUGGCAGCUUAUUUUUUGUAUAGUUGACUAAUACUGAGUGAAAUGAUCUACAAGUGUCUACAUUGGAGUAUUAUAUAGUAUGGAUCAGUAUAGAUUUCAGCACAAGUCCUGCACUGAAUAAUGGUGAAUAGCAGAUACAGAAUAUUUCUUCCAGUUCGUUAUUGGGAAAAUGUGAUAUUCAUGAUUUUUUAUUGAAUUAAAAAUACUAUUCUAUAUGAAAGAUGAUCACAAAAUAUAGAGACCUUAAACACUGAUGUAUGGUCUAUUUAAACCAAUUCCAUUGUAUGAAAUCAAUAAUUAUAUUUUCAGGUAACAGUAAGGCUCAUUUACAGAAGCACAGAAUAAAUACUGACCCUGAUUUACUAAAGUCCAACCAACUUUUAUUCUCGGUUUAUGCGCCUAAAUUUUUGUCGCACCAUCCGUGCGAGUACUUCUGUGCCCAAAUUUUACACCGCACAACCUACACUUUUGAAAACACUCGGAGUGGUUUUUUUAUUACAAGAAAAUGGGCGUGGUUAACAAAAAAUGGGCGUGUUCCCGACAAAAAGCAGAAAUUACUUGGAGUUCUUCCAAAAUCACUCCUGAAAAAGCGUGAGUUUGGCUCACAGAAUAACCAACAGCCAAGAGGACUACCAAAAGCGAGGGAUUUUAGCAAAGGCACAGCUUAACAUGGUGGGGAGUGCUUAAACUAUUUUCUUUUUUUUCAUUAUUUUUCAGUUCUACACAAGGAUUUUUAGAAUAUGCAAUGCAUUUUAAACUUUAAAAUAUGCCUUUAAUUAUAUAUAUAUAUUUUUUUUUUUUGUGAGGGGUGGGUGCUUUUAAACUCCAAUAUUAGAUGGUCUGAGUUCAUUUAAUUUUUUUAUGUUCUAUUUUGUUGCUUAAUUCCCGUUAAAUCUUGUGUUAUGCUUGAUUGGUUUGGCACAUGCUAUUGAUGAUUAGUAUUCUAUACCCAUGUUUUUUUGUUUUUUUCUUUUAACUCGGAGUAUGUGCGACACAUUUUCCCGUGCGACACAAAAAAAAACAUGCAACAGAAAAUGAAAUGACACAUGCGACACAUUAGUAAAUCAGCUGCCAGAAAAAGAGGAGUGAAAUCUAAAACACUCCCAAAAAAAAAAAGCACUCGGAUUUUAGUAAAUCAGGGCCACUGUUCUACAUGGCCACAACUCAUUUUCCACUGAUGUGCAUGUUUAUAUCUGCAGAGAUUUGCAGCAUUAUCCAUGAUCAGGAUAACAUAGGUGGUUUCUUCCAUAAACAGCGCCACACCUAUCCUCAGGUUGUGUGCAGUAUUACAACUCGGCUCACUUCAUUGGUACAGAACUGCAAUACUACACUCAAACAUAGAACAAGUGUGUCACUGUUUUAUGAAGAUAGCAGCUAUGUCUUUUUCUCUUCGAUAACCCUAUUAAAGACAAUCUGUCAUGGAGGUGUUUGCUGCAAUAAUUGUGACUUCAAGCACCUAUUUUGCCAAAUUUGAUGUAGUCGAGUCCUAUUAACUAGAGAAGGGCUCAUGCACAGAACUUGCUGGGCAUCAUACAGUUGCCUUGGCACCUCAACCUUCAAGGGUGUGCUGGGUUUCUUCACGCAAAACAGGCAGGAGAGCAAUUCUGGAGAUAUGCUCCUGCUAUCAAUGACCCACCAAUAUUUUAAUGCUGUGUGCAAUUGAUGGCACCAUUGCUUUGGCAACAGUGCUUGAUGAUGCCAGUCAACCCUGCUGUGCAAAUACAAUAGCAAUAUUAAAGUACUCCUAUGAUAUGCAUAUAGGGUGCCAAUAUUAUGCCUCUGUUCUCAGUGGGCGCACAAGCUUUCAAGUCACCUUUCCGUGACAUAUUCUCUUUGAAAAAUAUAAAUCCACUUAGGGUGCGUUCACAUGUAUGGGAUCUGCAGCUGAUUUUGCUACUUAUUGACUUCAGUAUGCAGUAGAUCCUGUAUAUGUGAACGUACCCUCAGGGUGCAUCCACACAUGCCUAUUUUUGCUGCAGAUUUGCUGCCCAAUGGGCCCCCUAAGAAAGUAUUUAUAUCUUCAUGUAUACUAUGAAUAGAUGACCUCAGCACUACUGUGACUGAUAUCUACUCCCUUCAGGAUACUACCAGACCAUUGAUGGCAGCAAAACUGACUAGUGGUGCUCUCUGACAUGCAUGUAGUCCAAUAACAUAAUGUUCUUUAAAAAUAGAAGGUCAGGGCACUCACCAACGUCAGGUUUUAAAACUUCUUUAUUUCAAGCUGUUUUAUACAGCUUGAAAUAAAGUAGUUUAAAGACCUGACAUUGGUGAGUGCCCUGACCUGUUUUUAGGGAAUAUUUAUUAUACAUUCAUUAUGCCAACCAUCCCACUAUAAGUACAAUAUAAUAGCCAUAGUUCUGUUUAGGGUUUACUUGUCACAUGCAGCUUAUUAUCCAUUUAUAUAAUAACUAGGAUUGCUUACAUGUCCCAUGAUUGACUUAAAGGGGAACUCCGGUGGAACACUUAUUUUUUUUUUUUCAACUGAUGCCAGAAAGUUAAACAGAUUUGUAAAUUACUUCUAUUAAAAAAUCUUAAUCUUCCAGUACUUAUGAGCUGAUGUAUACUACAGAGGAAAUUCAUUUCUUUUUGUAUUUCUUUUCUGUCUGACCACAGUGCUCUCUGCUGACACCUCUGUCCAUUUUAGGACCUGUCCGGAGCAGCAUAUGUUUGCUAUGGGGAUUUUCUCCUGCUCUGGACAGUUCCUGACAUGGACAGAGGUGUCAGCAGAGAGCACUGUGGU